AUGUCAUCAACUAGAACAUCAACAACAAGUAAUUGGUUUCAGCCAGAAAUCGAAAAUGAUGAAAUCACGGGUGAUCCCUCAGCUAUUUUUUCUGAUAGUGAUGUUUCAGAUGCUGAAUAUGAAAUUUCAGAUCAUGCUAGUGAUACUGAAGAAUCUAGUGAUUCAGAUGAUGAGACUAGCUUUAAUAAAGCAAACUGUAAAAGUUAUUAUGUAGGAAAAAAUAAAACUACAAGAUGGAUGAAAAAACCUUUUUCAAAAUUGGAGGCAACAAAUCCCAAUCAUAUUUCCAGAGUUAAAAAACCAGCUGAAAAAUGUAAUUCACCAAUCAAAUGCUGGGAACUCUUUUUUGAUAAACAAAUGAUUGAAGACAUAGUCAAUUUUACAAACAUAAAAUUAUUAAGUCAGCAACCCAAAUUUGAUCGAGCUAGAGACUGUGCUACGACUGAUGUUACUGAAAUGCGUGCGUUAUUUGGGUUGUUAUAUCUCGCUGGAGCACUUAAAAUGUCCCGAGUGAAUCUUAGAGAUAUUUGGGCUACAGACGGUACAUCUUCUGAUUAUUUUCGCUGCGUGAUGAGUUUUAAUCGCUUUAAUUUAUUACUCCGAGCAUUACGCUUUGACGAUAUAAAUACUCGAAAACAACGAGCAUCACUUGAUAAAUUUGCACCCAUUCAAGAAGUUUGGGAAAAAUUUAACACAUCAUGUCAAGAUAAUUAUACUCCAGGUCAGGUGUUAACUGUUGAAGAAAUGAUGUCAGCGUUUCGCGGUCGAUGUAGCUUCAAACAGUACAUGCCUAAAAAACCUGAUAAAUAUGGAUUAAAAACAUGGGCUCUUGUUGACUCGCAAAGUUUUUACGUAACUAAAAUGGAGAUGUAUCUUGGAAAACAGAAAAAUAAAACAGAUAAUAAACCGGCCAAUGUCGUUAAACGUAUUGCUGACUCUGUAUUAAACACUGGUCGAACUUUAGUAAUGGACAAUUGGUUUACUUCAGUACCUCUUAUUCAAGAACUAAAAAAUCAUUAUAAUACAACUAUCGUGGGUACUAUUCGAAAAAAUAAAACAGAACUACCACCAGAUUUUGUAGUUACUAAAAAAAGAGCCAUUUACAGUAGUUUGUUUGGAUUUCAAAAAGAUGUUAUGCUUGUGUCCUAUGUACCCAGGAAAAAUAAAAAUGUUUUAUUGACUUCAUCGUUGCAUUCUUCAGGAAGUAUAGAUCCUGAUACCGGUGAUAGAAAAAAACCUCAAAUCAUUACGUAUUACAACAAACAUAAAGGUGGUGUUGACACUGUUGAUAAGCUGAAAUCAGCGUACAGUGUAUCAAGAAAUAGUAAUCGAUGGUCUUUGACGACAUUUUUUACGUUGAUGAAUAUUGCUACGAUUAACAGUCAAAUUAUUUAUAAUAACAAUACUAAGCAUAAUCUGAAAAGAUCUGCAUUUAUUAAGAUUAUAGCCCGAGAGUUAACUGCACCUUUGUUAAAACAACGAGCCAAUAUGUCAAUGUUACCAGUAGAUCUUCGUUCACGUAUCAAAACUUAUUCCAACAAGCUAUCAAAAGAUGAUAGUAGUCACGAAGUAGCUGGUAUUUUAUGUGUCCUCGGCGUAAAAACAGAAAAUCUAAAACUCAGUGUGCAAGUUGUUUUAAAACAAUUUGCAGAGAACACACAAAAGCAAGUUGUAUCAAAUGUCAUGAUUAUGAUAAUGAUAAUGGAUACUCCGAGGAGUAGUGAAUCAUUUGGAGCAUUAUUUUUCAAAUUUAACAUUAUGUUUUUGGAUAUUAUAUUUUUCUCGAAUUAA